GGGAUUUUCAAUAAAUGUGGUGAUGGAUGAUAUUUUUUUUUUGUUUCGUUUUACUAGAGAGGUAUGCUGCACGAAGCAGGCAUCCUUCUGUGCAACGCCUGACACUGCCGCAAUUGUAUACCUUCUACAAUUUAGAAUAUUCGCGCAACAACACAGGCGAUGGUGUGAAUGACGAAGAUCAAGACAACGAUGACGAUGAAAAUGAUGAUGAUGAAGAACAGGAACGCCCAAACAGAAGUCGCCAGAGACGUUUAAAUACAGCCUUGGUAAAUGUACCAUAUCACAAUGAAGCAUUACCAAGGACGUUUAUGGACAACUUUGGUGGAACCUGGCGGCUACGGCUGAAAAAAAUACCUCUUUGGCGUACACGUUCUCUCCAGCCUAGUGCUGGAGACGUGUACUUUUUCCAACAAAUUGCAAUCAACUAUGCAUGUCCGAGUAUUGCGGACUUUACUCGGCAGUUCCCAACAGUCAGAGAUGCAUAUUAUGCCUUGGUGGAGCGCGGGGAUAUUGAAUUGGCAGAAGCACUCCAAGGAUAUGUUCAUUAUGCUGACGAUUCGGAUAACCUGGAGGAGUUAGCUGAAUCAACUACGGAGCGUCUGGAACGGCAAAAGUUGACGUUGACGGAUGAACAAUGUGCAGCAUAUGACAUGGUGGUCAACAGCAUCGAGGGACGUAGACCCUGCGUGGUUUUGGGAGGUGCCGGUUGUGGAAAAUCGUACUUGCUACGCGUCGUGGAAUUACAAUACAUACACGCACACCAGAAAAGAAGAGGAAAUAAAUUGAUCUUGUUGUGGUAGGUUGUCAAGCUCGCCUUAACUGGCAUUGCGGCUCAUAACAUUGGUGGACAGACAAUUCACCGUUACUUUGGAA